AUGGAGCAGGCCUGGACGAUUCCAAAUAGCCACAACGAGACACUCGCUCCCGAGGGAUUUUUCGCGACUACGACGACAACACGUCAGGCGCUGUUUCGAGACUUUGAGCGGCCCCUUUUCCACAAAUCACGGCGGGAACAGUGGAAGGAUAGUGACUCAUACGAGCAAAUCCUGGACGGUAUACCGCGGCUCCAAUCCCUGUUGGUUCAGAGCGUCGAGAUCCAGCAGGAGGACCAUGGGAAUGCUAUUCUGGUUUUCACCCUUGCCACCGUCGUCUUUCUGCCCAUGUCUUUCGUUGCGGGAUUCCUCACCAUGAAUACACAGAACAUCCGCAGCCUUGGGGAGGGCCAGUGGAACUUCUGGGCAACCGCGUUGCCGGUGACUGUCUUUAUCGUCGCUUUGUCCGUCUAG